AUGGAUAAUCACGGCAUAGCCCGCGUAGCCCGAACCCUCCGAACCGACGAGCAACGCCGUCAAGACGUCGAGAAGAUCAACAAGUACCGCCAACUUGACGAGUCGAUCCGUGCCCAGGCCUCGAGCGGCGCCUACGACCCGGCCCUCUUCCAACUCACCUCCCGACUCCUCCGCCUGAAUCCCGAAUACUACACGAUAUGGAACGUCCGUCGGCGUUGUCUAAUCUCUGGCUUAUUGUCCAAACCGUCGGCUGGAUCCUGGCCCUCGAAGGCGUCGCCGAGUUCUUCUCUGAGCGACACUACGAAACCGUCAUGCGACGAAUCCUCGUCCUCUUCCUCGGCUGCGAUCCCGCCAGACCCCAGCUUCCCGACGACUGGGAAGAGUGGUACAACGGCUGAACUCACUGGAUCUGACCAUCAGCAGCCGCCGUCCGAGAGCGAUGUGGCGUCGGACAUCAAUAUGCUGCAAUCUGAGCUCGCAUUCACGAUGCCCAUGCUCCUGGAACACCCCAAAUGCUACUGGAUCUGGAAGUACAGGAACUGGAUCCUCGAGCAAGCCAUUCUCCGACUGCCUGCCCAGGCCGCAAGGAAGAUAUGGGAAGCCGAGCUGGCCCUUGAUUCCAUGAUGCUGACCAAAGACACCCGCAACUUCCACGCCUGGGGCUACAGGCGGCGCCUGGUCGCCAGGCUCGAGAGUCCUGCACUCCUUGGGAAGAGUAUGGUUGAAGACGAGUUUGACUACACCACCAUGAAGAUAGAGGGGAACUUGUCAAAUUUCUCCGCUUGGCACAGCCGAAGUCGUUUGCUGCUGCGCUUACUUGACGAACGAGGACUUGAUGACAAAGCGAGAGCAGCUUUUCUUGACGAGGAGCUCGAGUACAUCCAAGAAGGGCUGAAUGUCGGGCCUGACGAUCAGAGUCUGUGGUACUAUCAUCGCUAUCUGGUGUUGCAAAUCGUCGGCCGUGCUACUGGCCAGUCCUCGAUCGCCCCGGCAUUGGCAGUGGAAGAAAGAGUCGCUUACUUGACAAAGGAGAUACAGUUUAUUAAUGAGUUGCUUGAAGACUACGGAGAUAUCAAGUGGAUUUGCAAGGCCCUUCUUGAAUACACCUUGGCCUUACAGGAGUUAAGUCAAGGCAGUGACAGUGACGGCCAGCAGGAUGAUCCUCGGACAUGGCUGGCAAAGCUGCGGAAACUUGACCCUAUGCAAGCGGGUAGGUGGGAUGAUGUCGAAAGGAAGCUAGCCUCACAUAGCACCCAAGCAGAACAAUGA